UCGCCACGGAGCCAGCCGCGGGGACGGACCCGACCUCCCCCCCCCGGCCCGGGAAGCCCCCCCGCCACCGCCGCCGGGUCCCUGCGGCUCCAUCCCCCCGCGGCGCAGGAACGAGCUGGCGUGUUCCUCCUAGAGCCCCAAAUCAUCUUACCAGGCCCAGUUGGUGUCAGCAGUGGGAUCACCGGCACACAAGUGACCUCAGCACAGGCCCUGUGGGGACAAGACCAGUGGCCUGGAGGUUCCCAACUGACCUACCAGGGAGUCACCAUUGGGGAUCAAGAGUCGGAGUGGAGAGUCAGCUACCGUCUGCCCACUGAGCUAAGAAAAUGGCCGCCACUCAAGAGGUGCCUCCCCCAGCCCUGGGCCUCCAUUUCCUGUAUCCGCUGGAGGAGACGAUGGCACCACGGGUGAAAAUGGAGGAGCCCGAACCAGUAGGCCCAGAGCCGGGCUGGGAGUGGGAGGCGGCCAGCAAGGCACCGUGGCUGGUGCAGGCUGGGACCAUCGGGGAGCUGCUGAGGUGGGCGGCUCCUCAGCAGGCCCGGCCUGAGGAGACACCCCAAUGCUGGUGGGGACAACGGUCGCCCCUGGAAGUCCUCCCGCCCUGGGAGAGCCCCACCCUGCCGGACAACAGCGCCCUCUUUGGGCAAGCAAACGACGCCUGUCCAUGGCCCCGAGGGGAGCGCUUGGCACGACUCACGCCAACCCUCGGCGGCGAGGCCUUCAGCAGCCCACGGGCCGGGGAUGCCAAGGAUUAUGGGAAGGUGAAGGCGGCCAUCUUGGGAGCGGAGAGGGCAGCCAUCUUGGGAGAGCAGUUAACGCGACUCACGCCAACCCUCAGCAACGAGGCCUAUCGCAGCCUAGAGACUGGAGAUGCCAAGGAUUAUGGGAAGGCUGCCAUUUUGGGGGUGGACAGGGCGGCCAUUUUGGGAGUGGACAAGGCAGCCAUCUUGGGAGAGCCAUUAACGCGACUCACACCAACCCUCAGCAGCGAGGCCUAUCGCAGCCUAGACGCUGGAGAUGCUAAGGAAUAUGGAAAGGCAGCCCUUUUGGGGGUGGACAGGGCGGCCAUUUUGGGAAUGGACAAAGCAGGCAUCUUGGGAGAGCAGUUGAUGCGACUCACGCCAACCCUUAGCAGUGAGGCCUAUCGCAGCCUAGAGGCCGGAGAUGCCAAAGAUUAUGGGAAGGCUACCAUUUUGGGGGUGGAUAGGGCUGCCAUUUUAGGAGUGGACAAGGUGGCCAUGUUGGGAGAGCAGUUGACACGACUCACGCCAACCCUUAGCGGUGAGGCCUACCGCAGCCUGGGGACAGGAGAUGCCAAGGAUUAUGGGAAAGCUUCCAUUUUGGGGGCAGAUAGGGCAGCCAUCUUGGGAGUGGACAAGGAGGCCAUCUUGGGAAUGGACAAGGCGGCCAUCUUAGGAGAGCAGUUGACGCACCUGACGCCAGCACUCGGUGGUGAGGUUUACCGGAGCCUGGAGGCCAGAGAUGCCAAGGGUUAUGAAAAGGCCAUCAUCAUGGGAGAGCAGUUGACACAAUUCAUGCCAAGCCUCAGCAGUGAGGCCUACCGUAGCCUAGAGGCUGGAGAUGCCAAGGAUUAUGGGAAAGCUGCCAUUCUGGGGGCAGACAAGGCAGCCAUCUUGGGAAUGGACAAGGCAGCCAUCUUGGGGGUGGACAAAGCAGCCAUCCUGGAAGAGCAACAGACACAAUUCACGCCAACCCUCAGUGGCGAGGCCUACCGCAGCCUGGAGGCCGGAGACACCAAAGAUUAUGGCAAAGCGGCCAUCUUGGGUGUUGGCAAAGCAGCCAUCUUGGGAGUGGGCAAGGCUGCAGCAGAGAGGUGGCGCCAGUGCUUCCGAGGCUUCAGCUACCAGGAGGCUGGUGGACCACGGGAGGCCUGGGCCCGGCUCCGGGAGCUCUCCCGCCGCUGGCUGGAGCCCCAGCGCCGCACCAAGGAGCAGAUCCUGGAGCUGCUGGUCCUGGAGCAGUUCCUGAGCAUCCUGCCGGGGGAGAUGCAGAGCUGGGUCUGGGAACGAGGCCCCGAGACCUGCGCCGAGGCCGUGGCCCUGGCCGAGGGCUUCCAGCGGGGUCGGCCGGCGGCCGGGAUGUGGGAGCAGCAGGUCACCGUGCGGGUGAAGGUGGAAAAACCCAGCAUGGAGGAGACGCCGUGUGCAGGAGCAUCAUGGGAAACUCCCGCGCCCCCGCUGCCCCGUCCCCAGGAGGGGGCAACACUGAGCCGGCCCGGCCCUGAGCUACCCUGCAUCCCCAAGGAGGAGCCCCAGCCACCCCCGGCAGCAGCCGUAAUGGAGGAGGCGAAUCCACAACAGAAAGGUCCAAAGGAGGCCAAAGUGCCCAGCACCUGCCCCCCAAAAUCCGAUGGGGACAGGAGCCCUGGGAAUCAGGGUAGGGCGGAUGUGCCCCAGCCGCCGAGGGAACUCACCCAGCAUGCCCAUGACCCUGAUGCCGUGUCUGGCUCCCACCCAGUCCAGGGGCCUCACCUCUGCCCCCAGUGUGGCCGGAGCUUCCGCCAGAGCUCUGCCCUCUUGGCUCACCAGCGGACCCACACUGGCGAGAAACCUCACCAGUGCCCGCAGUGCGGGAAGAGCUUCUCCCGGGGCUCCCAGCUUACCCGUCAUCUGCGCAUCCACGGGGCGGAGAGAUCCCACCGCUGCCACCAGUGCAGCCGCAGUUUCUACCACAGCUCCGAGCUGGCCAGGCACCGGGCCUCCCACAGCAAGGACCGGCCCUACGGGUGCAGCCAGUGCGGCAAGAAGUUCCGCUGGCGCUCGGACCUGGUGCGCCAUCAAAUCACCCACACCGGCGAGCGCCCCUACGGCUGCCCGGAGUGCGGCAAGAACUUUGGGCAGAGUUCCCACUUGGUGAGGCACCGCAGGACCCACACGGCCGCGACGGGGAGGCGCGUGCUGCCGGUGGACGAGGGGCGCAAGGAGAUCGACAGGGACGCCAUGCCGCAGAAUUGCGGAGCCGGUCUGGCCUUGCCUAGGGGCCUGGCUGCUCGCCAAGCUGGGACGGGCUCGGUUGGGUCUUGGAGAACCGAGAAGGUCUUUAACCCUGUGAUGGCCCCUCGUUCAGACACUUCCAGCCUGCGAGGGACCCUGGGGACCAUCUGCUUCGGCCUCCCGCCUCACCCAGGGAGACCCAUAAGAGGAAGGUCAGAACUGGGGCCCUUCCAAACCGUGUCCCCUGACACUCGCUGUUACAACCUUCAGCACCAGCGCUCCUGGCCCUUUCCCACUCCUCCUGGCCAGCAUUGGGGCCCCAGUGUUUUAGAGCAGGGGGCUGGGAGCCAGGACUCCUGGGUUCUAUCCCUGGCUCUGGGAGGGGAGUGGGGUCUCGUGGUUAGAGCAGAGGGGCUGGGAGCCAGGACUCCUGGGUUCUACCCUCGUUUUAAGUUCCAGUCCAGGGGAAUCAAUUUGCUUGCUUCUCCUCCCGGAUCUCCCUCCCGUCUCUCUCCAGCAGUUGCCAAGGUGGCCGCACCCCCGGCCCCCCGCCGCAAGCCGGCCGGCCGCUCCUACCAGUGCCCGGAGUGCGGGAAAUCCUUCCGGCAGAGCUCGCACCUCCUCCAGCACCAGACCACGCACACAGGCGAGGGGCCCUACCGCUGCCCCGACUGCGGCCGGGCCUUCAGCCAGAGCUCCGACCUGGUGCGGCACCGGCGCGUCCACACGGGCGAGCGCCCCUACCGCUGCCCCGACUGCGGCCGGGCCUUCAGCCAGAGCUCCAACCUGCUCCAGCACCGGCGCGCCAGCUCCGGCGCCCGCCCCUUCCGCUGCGUCCAGUGCGGCAAGGGCUUCGGCCGCAGCUCCCACCUGCUCAACCACCAGGCCACCCACUCCGGCGAGCGGCCCUUCGGCUGCGCCGACUGCGGCAAGCGCUUCGGCCACAGCUCCAGCCUGCACAAACACCGGCGGGUCCACGCCGGCCAGCGGCCCUUCGGCUGCGCCGACUGCGGCGAGCGCUUCCUGCAGAGCUCCGACCUGCUCAAGCACCGGCGGGUCCACGCCGGCGAGCGGCCCUUCGGCUGCGCCGACUGCGGCAAGCGCUUCCUCCAGAGCUCCGACCUGCUCAAGCACCGGCACGUCCACACCGGCGAGAAGCCCUACACCUGCGGGGAGUGCGGGCGCGGCUUCAGCCAGCGCUCCCACGUGGUCAAACACCGCCGGGUCCACAGCCGGGGCGAGCCCUGACGGGGGGGAAAUGGGGACAGAUCUUCUUCUUCCGUUUGUGCAGCAAGUAUCUGCAUCUGCCCUGGGUUGUGCGGCUGCGGUUGGGGGUUGCCCAUGAACUUGGCGGGAGAUCCAAGCCGGCGGCUAUUUCAUGAGGUGUUUGUGACGUCUUGUGAACGCCAUUCGGCUUUCCACGCUUCAUCAGUAAGGCCCGUGUCUUCUGGCACCGAAAACAGCCUCAGUUCAGAUUUGCGAAACUUUGUCGUUUGGAAACGUCGGUGAUGCCUUAUUUUAAUACAAAAAAAUACACGUAUCGGCAAACAGGAGCAAUGUGUAAUCCUUUUACAGCUCGAAAAUGCGGUAGCCCUAUGUUACGAUGUUGACAGACACUUGGGCGUUUUUUUCACAACCAAAAUGGUCAGUUUUAGAACAUAAGAAAUGUGUGACGUGAUCGUUGCUAUAAAUACAAAAUUCUUGCCACGCAAGAGAGUGCAAUUAAUAUAACAGUUGGAUUAUUGUUUUAUGCAACGAC